GCUUCGCGCCGGUCGGUCGGUUUGAUUUUUCCUUCGCGCUUCGCGCUCCGACUCGCCGUUGCAAGUUCGCGCACAGUAACGGGCGUGCGAUGAUCGCGUCGUGAAUCCUGUAUCGAGUGUCAUCUCAGUACCUCGCGCUCGACGACUGUGUCCAUUUCGUUCAGCUAUUUCGCGCGCGCGAUCUCACGUCCAGGGAAAGGAUGCGGCGCGUUACUUCGCUUUUGCUGGCUCUGCUGCUCUGCCUGCUGGCACCCGCUCGCGGCCAAGACGGCGAUCUCUUCUUCUCGGUGAGUCCCGGAGAGCACACGGUUGUCGAAGGAUCCCCGGUACGCUUGAGAUGCGAGGCUCAGCCGAGCUCAUACGUGAUAUACUCGUGGAAGAUAGACGGACAGCCGCUCGCUUACAGUCCGCGGAGGCACCAAGUUGAGGGCGAUCUCUAUAUCACCAGGGUCAAUCGAAUCUUGGACAGCGGGAACUUCGUCUGCGUGGCCACACACAAGGAGACCGGCUAUUCGAUCGACAGCACGCCCGCCAAGAUCAACAUUGAAUGGAUCAGCGAGGCGAGCGUGCAGCUGCAACAGCCGAAACUGCCGUCCACCAUCCACGUGGACAGCGAGGUUGAGCUUCGGUGUCACGUUGACGGCUCCGGCGACAUGACAUACGAGUGGUUCAAGAACACGAUGAGACUGGCGCAAAGCAGCAGCGAGGAUGUCAAGCAUAUCGAUAUCAAGAAGAAGAAGCUGCAUAUACAUAGAACAGUCGCGGAGGACAGCGGUAUAUAUACCUGCCUGGCCAAGAACAAGGCGGGCUCCUCGCCGGUGGCCGAGAGCUAUCCGCUAAUCGUUUCCGGAAAUGAGACCGCGACGAUUAAGGUCGUGCCGCGAAACCUGAUCGCCAAACGUGGCGAGCCGGCCGCGCUGCACUGCGUCUUCGAGGACGCCGACGACGUGCAAUGGUUCUUCGGGACCAACGAGAACCCGCUGGAAAGCGACGACGAGCGGAAGAUCUUCGAGAACGGCACCCUCAUGAUAUACGCUAUCGAGCAAAGGGACCAGGGAUUUUACUCCUGCCAUGGAUCGAGGAACGACGUUACUGUCAUUUAUACGGUCGAGCUACAAAUUGCCUAUUUGUUGAACUUCUCGAUGGCCGCCUUCGAACCGAAACUUUCAUCUCAGCUGACAUACGUCGGCGAGGAAAAAGAGUUCCAGCUAAGCUGUCUAGCACCGCUAGGCUUACCGCGACCCAAGCUUUACUGGCGGGAUCCCAGGGGACACAUAAUAAGCGACACCGGUCCCGUGCGUGUUCAAGACGAUACGCUCAUUAUCGCACAGGCACGAAUGAACGAGGAUGACGGCAAUUACACCUGCGUAGCCGAGAAUCUCGCUGGUGAAACGGAUAUAUCCGUCCAAAUAGUCAUAUCUACUUUCCCGAGAUUCCUUGUUGAUGCUAAGGAUCCUGAUCCUAAGGUGAGCGUGAUGGAAGGUGACUCACAAACGCUGAACUGUUCAUAUUCCGGCAUGGAACCGCCAGUGACUCAAGUGCAUUGGCUGAAGGACGGCAUACCAUUGAAGGAGUCAGGCGGUCCGACGAGAUACCGCGUGACCGACAAUCACGGCAAUGCUACCUUGCACAUCAAGAGCGUCGAUCUGUCCGAUAAGGGGUUCUACGCGUGCCAUGUGUUCACAGCGGGAUUCUCGAACCCUAUAAUGUCGCUACCGCUCUUUCUCAUGGUCGAGGAGAAACUCAAGUUCUCGCCGCAGCCGGUCAAUAAACGUUUGGAGCUCGGCUCCACGGCGAGGGUAUCAUGCAAAGCGCAGGGCGCCACGAACCCGACGGUGAAGUGGGUCAAGGAGGGCGAGGAUGAGGAAUUUCCCAAGCACGUUCAGGAUGUCAACGGGACGCUGCACUUCAACGGUGUGCUGGAGGAGGACAAGGGUCGGUACACUUGCGUCGCGAGCAAUGCUCAAGGGUCCAUCAAUCACACGAUCGUUAUCGAUGUAGUCAUUGCGCCUAAGUUUACGGUACAGCCGCAGAAUCCGACGGAGGCUAUCGAGGGAUACCCGGUGAUGCUGCAUUGCGCCGCCGAGGGAGAUCCUAAACCGACUAUUCAAUGGGACAAGGACUCUCGUAUGAACAAUCUCGACAAUCCCCGAUUCGAGGUAUUGAGUAACGGCAGUCUGUAUAUUAAGGAAGUGUACCUCAGCGAUGAGGGCAAAUACGGAUGCACCGCCGGCAAUAGCGGCGGUCUCAAGCGGGAAGAGGUUCAGUUGAAUGUGAAAGCUGCAGAUAGUUACAGACCCGAUAUGGAUCUAGAGGCCGGCGAUGACGGCUCAAUGAUGACUAAGACGGUGACGAUCACUUUGAGUGCAGCCGCGGCGUACAUGGUGCUCGUCGUCGGCCUCAUGUUGUACUGUCGUUACCGACGUCGCCGCAGGAAGCAACAAUAUUUGCAAGAACAAACAGAAGAAAAAUUGGAGAACGGUGACGUGCAAGAGGAGCAAACGGAGCUGAAGGAAACCGGCAAUAAGAUGAACUCAACGAAUAAGAAGAAGGAGAAUCGCGACUCUCACAAUAAGAGCGACGGCGCGGACACCGCUCAGAGCCAAAGCAGCAACCAGUCCAAAAAGUCCAAGUCGAAUUACGAUAAAAUCGCUGUGUCACGGAGCAAUCUGAAAGAACUGAAGCCUCUUGGCCGGGGUGAAUUCGGCGAGAUUUACGCUACAAAGUAUCAGGUAGAUGGCGACAAGGAAUCCUUGGCGAUGGUGAAGAGUCUCACCAACACCAAGGACGAGACAGCUCUUCAGGAGUUCAAGCGGCAUCUGGACCUCCUGCACAAGCUCAACCACGAGAACGUCGUCAAGUUGAUCGGACUGUGUCGAGAAGAGGAGCCGGACUAUAUGAUCUUAGAGUACACCGACUGGGGUGAUCUGAAGCAAUUCUUGAUUGCCUCGCGUAAGGACAACAAUUCCAGUCCGACGCAUGAGUCGAAGCCACCGCGCGCGCCUCAGCUGUCGGUGGCGCAGAUCCUCGCGCUCUCGAACCAGGCUGCGAAAGGUCUGAAGCACUUGGCCGACAACCGAUUGGUCCACAAGGACAUAGCCGCGCGUAAUUGUUUGAUCGCCAGUAAUCUGACGAUCAAGAUCUCACUGCCGUGUAUGACCAAAGAGCCGUACCAUCAAGAGUACACGAAGCAUCGGAACCAAGUCAUCCCGCUCAGAUGGCUACCUUACGAGGCCGUGUACGAGGACGAGUACUCCACUAAGAGCGACGUAUACUCGUUCUCCUGCCUUGUCUGGGAGAUGUUCCAUCAGGGCGAGCUGCCCUUCAACAAGAUGAACGACGAGUCCGUGCUGACUCAGCUCAAGACGCAAACGCUCACGUGGAAGCCGCACAAGGCGGCGCCGCCGACCCUGCAAGAGCUCCAAGCUCAAUGCUGGGCGAAUGACCCGCGCGAGAGACCGACCUUCGACGAGGUGGUCUCAAAAAUAGGCGAAAUUGUGGCUGACAGCUGCCUGUAAUAAAGCUGUUUCACACAUAGCGGCCACAUAGCGAGGCUCUGAGUGUAUCGGAGAUAUUGCAAUAGGGGAAAUGAUUGUGCUGAGCUGAAUGUCGAGAAGUAAGGCUGACGGGCGCCGAUGGUCGUGCGGCGAUAAUCCCCUCGUCGUGGAAGAUCGUCCAGAAGAGAAAAACGGCCGCGCGAAAGCGAGGAAGAGAAUAAUUAACUGGCUUCAUGUAAACGCUUGAAUAUCGAUUAUAUAUACAUGUAUGCGUAACGAAUCCGCGGUAGGGAACCGUACUCUCGUGUAAAUGGAAAAUGCUUGCUCAUUAAUCAGUGAACUCGGCGAUUAUAUGUUUCAAUGAUGUCGCCGGUACAUACUAUACGCGCGGAUUUCAAGCAUCCCACAGUUGCACCCGGUGUAUGUACACUCGAACGUGGGUGCUGUACCACAUUAGAUCGAUAUUCACUAAAAAUUUCUAAAUCUGUCUCUAAUUACUUUUCCAUGACUGUUGAUUAAUCUAGCAAGCGAGAAUGUAUCUGUAACCAAUAAUAAUUUGACAUUUUGACAACUUGAUGUUUGAUAUACACGUUAAAAGAAAUUAUGUGCUUUCAUAUGAUACAUAAUAGAGGAAGAGUUUUAAGAAAGAAAGAGAGAGAGAAGGAGAGAGAGAAAGUAAGAAAAUUAUACAAUUAAUUUUAUAAAGGUGCAUAAUUGCAAUUAGUUAUGGUCAGAACUGACUUUGAUCCGUAUAUACAUUUCUUAAAACUUUUUUAUUGAUUACGUGUCAUAUGGAAAUAAAUAAAUCUUUUUACAAACGUGUGUUCGAAACGUCAAGCUGUCAAAAUGUCAUUGGCUGUAGACACAUUCCCGCUUGCUAAUUAAUCAAAUGUCAUGAGAAACGAGUAGUUCGGAUGCAGCUGUUUAGAAAUUGUUAGUGAGUAUUGAUUUAGUGAAUGAUAUAACAACUAUAUGUUCGAGUGUACAUAGAGAUCUUUCAUGUUGAAAUUCAAUUCGCGCGCGCACGGUAAAUGUUCUACACGCGGCUUUAUUAGUGCCUGAACAUUUACUAGAUCUAGAAUUAUUAGAUAUUUUUUAUUAGCUGUGUUCCUUUCUACAAACGCAGUCAUCUUGACUGUAAAGUAUCAAAGGAGUCGAAAACGAUAUUCGAAAGCAGGUGUAAUUGACAAUUUGAAGUUUAAUUCGCAUAAGUUAAUAUUUUUCAUCCGCUCAUGUUACGCAUAAUUACGCAGGAGAGCGAUAUAUACUUACUCUCUAAUUCCCAUACUCUUUUUGUUUUUAUAACGGUUCUUGGAAAACUUAUCUACUAUGCAAACAUCCAGAUUUUUUUAAUCUGUUUUUUACUGUAUUGCAUCGCUUUUCUAUUGAUUAUUCGUAUGAGAGGACGAAACGUAAUCUUGCACGAAGUAAACUUCAAACUGCUAAACCAUUAUGGCUGCUUUCGAUUACCGUUCCCGAUUCUUCGGGAUACUUGACAGUUCUGAAAAAUGCAUAUGUAGAAAGGUACACGGCUAGCCCAAAAUAUGUAGUAAUUUUAGAUCUAGUAAAUGCUCGGAUAUUAAUGAAGUUGCGUGUACGUGCGUCUCUUAUUGGCGCAUACCGUUCGAUACUCGUCGUUACAUGUGAUCAAGUGAGUGGCGUCUCCACCGUACGAGGAGUCUAUUUUUUUUUAUAUAUAUACACACACACACAUAUAUAUAUAUACAUAUAUAUAUAUAUAUAUAUUUCUUUUUUUUUACACACGGAGCUGUAGAGACUUUAUUUAUUAUCAUUGUAUCAUUCGGAGCAUUCUUCCAUUUUAAGCUCUAUUCUCGUUGCAUGAACAUCGGUUUUCCCGGAUUUAGUCGAGCGCGAUCAUUGGAACGUUUGAAUUUCGGUCUUCUGUCAUUUUCUAAUUUAUUGUUUUUCUUUUUAUAGACAAAAUAUGGUAGAAUCGCGUUAGGUUCCACAAUAAUUAUUCGUGUUACAUUAUCCUUUGGCAUUUCCAUUAGAAGAGAGGAGAGAAAGAGAGGAAAGAACUCGGCAAGGAAAUCAUUAUUUAUUUCAACUAGCAUCUCCGUCUCCCCUUCCAACAAUGACUGUUUUAUCGUCGGACUAAGAAUAACGAUCUGCAUGGGCCCAUUUUACACGUUAUUACGCAAUUAAUGCAAUACUUAGUAUACAGUAUCGAUAUAAUAAUAGGUAUCAUCACCGUACAUCGAAUACUCGUAAGGUACUCUAAUCGUUAGGUGAGCCGAAGGGAAGAAACCGACGGCGGGGACAUUCGAUCGAGUCGAUCAAAAUCUUGACAAGCGGCGAUCGAGUGUCACCGGCAGUCGGGGAGCGCCCGGUGCUGCUAUUGCACAUGCAUAUUAUGCGGACAUGCGUAUUAAGAAAGUAUCACGACCAUAUCAAGCGACGAACGGAAUCUUAUAUCACCGCCUAUUUACUUCUAUACAUACACACUCGUACACGAACACACGCGCUACAACCGGUAAGAACACAUUUAUAAAAGAAGAAGAAGAAACGUAAGGAUUAUUUAUAACGUAUAUUUAUGUGUGAUAAGAACGCGAUCGACCAUUCGUACCGAUUAAAGAGAGACGGCCUUGUACAUACCGAUGGUAUAAGUGUAAGUUCUUUUUAAGCGCGAGAGAGACUAGCGUGGAAUCGUCGCGUUUGAUUUCUGAUUAAUGUGAUCAUUCGAAUCCCGCCCUUCUCUCACCCCGCCAACCGCUCUGAAAUAACUCUCUUCGCCGCCGGAAGGAAUUUCGUCGUAUUUUAGUGUCGGAGAGAAGUUGCCCGAGAGACGUUGGGCAUGCGACCCAAAUGUGCAGUAACGCAGUUACUAUACGAUUGCUACUCGAAAGCCUAUUUUUACAUAUUACGGAAAUCUAGAUUCGAUCAGAUCAGGCGAAGUAUCGCUCGCGAUAUUUUUGCACCCGCGGUUACUCACGGUUUGAUAAGUAGCGCGAACAAUCUAUUCAACGCGAUGGUCCAAUGAGAAAGAAAGGGAAAGAAAGAAAGAAAGAGAGAGAGGAACAUUCCGAAUGUACGUAAUUUCCGACUGUUCCGCAUUAUCCGACUCGUACAACGAAGAGCAACGUUCGUAUUUUAACGAUACAUAAGCUAUAACAUCGUCCUCCCCCCAUUACUUCCGCGUUCAAUUUGAGCGAAUCUACUUGAUAAGGAAUAUUCUCACGCGAGACAGUUUUGCGAUGCGCUUGCGUCCUUGCUUCUUCCGUUCGAUAGAAGACUCGUAUAUGUUGAUUGUUCGAGAACUGGACACGCGAAGGCAACGAAACCGCCGUCGAAGAAGGAAUCUCUCGGCGAGAUAGACAGCGAGGGAGACACUUGCGACAGAAGAAGCGAAGAAGAAAAGAAGAGAACAAUCGCGCGUCAACUGUAACUUAUUCCGCGUCGAGCGCACGUAUCACGAGUACUUACCGACUAUAAAUAGUUUGUCGAAGGAUUUACACGCACAGAGCCGCGCGAAAAACAGAUUGUAUCUGAAUUAGUUCGGCUUGGUCGGAAACGCGAUUCGACCGCAGAUUCCGUGCAAACGCGAAACCGCUUAUGGCUCCUAAAACCAAAAAGUAUACCGGCGACGAGAGGUCUCGUCGGUCCUUAUCAAAGCGGGUUUCAACGAGCGCCGAGUGGUCUCCUUAUCGAACGCUGUGUUAGAAACGCUCGCGAGCAACGACCCGCGAAUUUUACAAUCGAUCGCACGAUUCGAUCGCUUCUCAGCGAGAAAUCCGGAAACGCGAAAUUGAUCGCGAAUUGAAGGUCGGUUGAUGAUGAAAAGGGAGAAGCGCGCGUCGAUCUGAUAUCGCUUAGAGACAUUCAGUCGCCCGUAGUUUCUUUUAGGUUUUCUCCGGAGAGAGAACAGAGGGAAGGACGAAGCGGUGAAGGGGAAGUUCUUAGCGAGCGAGUAAUAAACGUUCGUCGGCUCUGUGCAUUGAUAUAAAUAUGAUGUAUCAUAUACGCAAUAUAAGAUACACGAAGCACUAAGGUAACACUGCCAAUCGUAUCUAUGUAAUGUAAAAGGGUCAUAAUCACGAUAAGUACGACUGUUCUCCGAUCUAAAGCACCUUCUCGUCGUACCGAGCGCAGCGCAACGCACCUACCGCGAAAACACACCAUCUGCGAGCGCAACGAUGUGUCCUCGCGGGCGCUCUACUCAAGUACGAAUAUGUAAGAGCACGAAUUCUCGAGUAAUCUUUUAAGAUAAUAACGGAUCACUGGAGCUCGUGGCGUCCCUGCGAGCGAAUUUUAUAUAAAAUGCUUCCUAAAUGUUCGCUAAUAUACGUCGAGAAAUAUUCUUGUGAUCAGCGAUGGCGGGCAUACUUGGGCGGCGGUAGCGAAAUCCGUCGAGCGCUCCGAAUUUCAUCUCGAGGAAAGAUUCUUGAGAGAGAAAGAAUCAAGUUUUAUAUAAAUAGAGUUUUAUAUAAAUAGAGUAGCGACAUAGAGAAUCGAUAAGUGCGAUGUACCGAAAAACCGCCAACUUGUUUCUCCAUAUGAGACAGAUCUGGCGGAUAGGAUCUAGUCUUCGAUUAUAUUAAAAGAAAAUAUAUAAUAGGUAGAAGUUAUAAGUUUAGGUUAUAGGAUAAAAUAAAAAUUUACAUAAAUAAUGCUUGCUUAUAAUUUUAACUUACAAUAUUAAAGCUGCAGCAAAUAUUUUUCUGUAAGGUCAACUACGAAUAUGUUCUACUGUAUAAUUAAUUUUUAUUUGUUCACAACAGUAGAAAACAAUAUGGCUCUGAAUCACGUGAUUUAAUUAGCCAAUCAGUUUCCCUUAAUGUCGUUUCUCUAUUUAUAUAGGACUCUAAUGGCAAGAAUAAAGUCAGUAAACACUACCUAAGAGUAACAUUGCAUGAAUGUUACAAUUUCCCACUCGACAAUGUAACUAUUGCAUAAAACACGUGCUAUAUCGAAUUUACAGUGUUAAGCGGGAAAUUAUAAUUGAUGUGUUACCAAUAGUUGGUGUUUACUGAGAAGGAAUUCAUGCGAGAACGACGCGUUCGCAGCAGUUGGAAUUCGCGCGAUUUUUACGGGAGAUGUGUCGUUGCAAGGAAUUGUGUCAAAAAGUCAAGGCUCCAAGACGCGUAUAAGAAGGAAACCGUAUCCGAGUGCGAAACACGAGCAAUAUGAAUAACGCGCAUUCAAGUAUGAGCCAUCGCUGCUUGUAACAUAAACUACGCUCUAGGACUAUUACCUUGCAGCGAUCUAGCCCGCACUACGAGUACGUGAUAAGUUAAGGCCAAUUAUCCAAGUCCUAUGUGCUCAUAUCAUUCGCUCAGAAUAUUCAUCAUAAACGCGACUACUACCACCACCACUACUAUCACUGCCAUAAAUAAUGAGAGAGAAAAGCGCGAAAUGGCGCGGCCGAAUAGUCGUGUCAGCCGUGUCGGUGGGUUUCGUGAAGCUACCUAUUAUGUCUAAUACAUCUAGUCAUAUACGGUGACAGAAGCGAACAGCGGUACGGAAGGCUCAUUUGAAUGACGUUCAUAUCCUUAGGCGUUCCAAAUCGACCGAUUUCUUUUUUACAGUAUUUUGUAAAUAUUUGUACUUUUUUAUCUACAUGGUACUUAUGAAUUUUUGGAAAAGUAUGUGCUACGAUACUAAAUAAAAAAGAAAGAAAACCAA